AGAAUAUUCAAAUGUUAGGGUGCACAGCCGUGCUCAAUCUCGGGAUAAGACGGCAGCAGAAAAGAUUAUACGUUCGACUGUUUUAACCCCAACCAAUUUGCUUUUUGAUUGUGUUUUAACCGUUAUUAAAUUUGGAAAUUUGAUUAAUGGUUUGUUCUCACAAGUGCUACAGUGCAACAUCCAUCUUAGAUCAUUAGCUAUUUUAGGAUCUGCGCAACAUUUGCUUACAACCAACCCCCUAGAUGCACGCCACC